AUGGCCGCGACCGUCGACAGCGCGAUGGUCAAGCAAUGCGGCCGCCUCGCCGAAAGUCCUUUCCCUCCUAGGUCCGACGCGGCCCUGCACAAGCGCACGCGCAUCAUCUGCACGCUCGGCCCGUCGUCCUGGGACGUCGACAUGCUCGGCGUGCUCCUCGACGAGGGCAUGAACGUCGCGCGGCUCAACUUCAGCCACGGCGACCACGAGACGCACAAGCGGACCAUCGGCCGCCUCAAGGAGGCCCUCGCAAUUCGGCCCGGCCGCCACUGCGCCAUCAUGCUCGACACGAAGGGCCCCGAGAUCCGCACGGGCUUCUUCGCGGCGCCCAACGACGGCGGCAAGCUCAAGUUCGCCAAGGGCGACCCGCUCAUAUUGACGACGGACUACGACCACAAGUCCGACGGCACGAAGCUGGGCUGCACCUACAAGAAGCUGCCCACGUCCGUCAAGCCCGGCGGCCAGAUCCUCGUCGCCGACGGGUCCCUCGUCCUGGAAGUCGUCUCCACGGACGGCACCGCCGAAGUCACCUGCAAGAUCAUGAACGACUGCGCGAUCGGCGAGCGCAAGAACAUGAACCUGCCCGGCGUUUUGGUGGACCUGCCCGUGCUCCAGGACAAGGACACGAAGGAUUUGGUGGAGUUCGCCUGCCCCAUGGGCGUCGACUUUGUGGCCGUGUCCUUCGUGCAGUCCGCGGCGGACGUGCGCACGGUCCGCAAGACCUUGGACGGCGCGGGCGGCACGAAAAUCAAGAUCAUCUCGAAGAUCGAGAACCAGGAGGGUUUGGACAACUUCGCGUCCAUCGUCGACGAGACCGACUCCGUCAUGGUCGCGCGCGGCGACCUCGGCAUGGAGAUCCCGCCCGAGCGCGUCUUCCGCGCGCAAAAGUCCAUGAUCGCGACGUGCAACGGCGCGGGCAAGCCCGUCAUCGUCGCGACGCAGAUGUUGGAAUCCAUGGUGUCGAACCCGCGGCCCACGCGCGCGGAGUGCUCCGACGUCGCGAACGCCGUCCUCGACGGCGCGGACGCGGUCAUGCUCUCCGGCGAGACGGCCGGCGGCUCCUUCCCCAAGGAGGCCGUGGCCAUCAUGGCGCGGACCUGCGUCCAGGCCGAGGGCGAGUUCGACUUCGACGCCGCCUACCAGAAGGAGCUCGCGACGAUGCGCGAGUCAGGGCAGGACAAGGGUGAUUCAACGCGCGAGUGGGCCAAGGGCCGCAUCUCCCGCUCCGCGUCGCUGUCCGUCGUCGAGUCGACGGUUUCCGCUGCUACCCAAGCGUCGCGCGACGCGGCGGCCAAGGCCAUCGUCGUCCUCGCGGCGUCCGGCGCGACGACCCAGCUCUUCGCCAAGUACAAGUGCGGCAUCCCGCUCAUCGUCGUGACCGCGCACGACUCCGUCGCGCGCUACGCGCAGGCGCUCAUCCCCGGCGCCUACGUGCUCCACGUGCCGGACCUCGUCAAGUACGGCUACGCCGACGACACGGGCGACGACGAGCCGAAGAUGGUCGCCGAGGGCACGAAGUUCGCCUGCUCGCUCGGCCUCGUGACGUCCGGCGACGACUUCCUCUGCGCGGUCCACUCCUACCGCGUCAACAAGCAGAAGAACAUCGCCAUGCGCUUCUUCCACGCGAGCUCCACGACGAACUGGCGCGACCCCGUGGGCGCCGGGCUCGCCGGCGCGCCCGGCGCGAAGACGCCGCCGAAGACGGGCCGCCAGAACGACUCGCGCGCCGUCGCGCCCGCGGCGACGCAGUCCACGGGGAUGACGAUGGACAUGGUCGACGUGAAGCAGCCCGCGAGCGCCGUCGCGCCCAAGAAGCCGUCGAUGCUGUCGGGCCAGACGGCCAUGAUGAGCAUCUGCACCGCCGCGACCGCGCUGUUUAAUAAAAGGAGCGGCUUCCGCCCGACGCGCGGAUUGUCCGCGCAGGGCGGCACGAAGUUCGCGCCGACGACGGACGCGAUCGUCGCGACGACGGCCUCGCGCAGCGCGAGAUUCGACCCGGAGACGGGGUUGUCGCCGGCGAUGCGCGUCACGUAG